AUGACCUUGUUCGUGGAUCAUCCCCGAGAGAUCGUUGACUCUAUCCUGCAAUGGCUUGCCCCAAAAGACAUCUACGCAUUAUGCCUCGUUGAUAAAUCAUGCUACACGGCUGCUCAGCCUUGGUUGUAUUCCAGGAUUGAGUGGGAAUGGGCCGCUAAAGUACCUCCCGUCGAUGUCCUCCUCCGCACCCUACUCGAAAAGCCGGCCCUGGGCGAAUGUGUCCAAUCCGUUAUCUUGAAAGGCUCCGACAUACCAGGGCACUAUUGGUUCCCUGCUACACCAGCCAGACCCCGAUUUGAUGAUGGCGGCGUGGACGACUUGGUGGCUUUUGUCAAGUCCAGGGAAUUGCCACGGCGGUAUACCAACGACUGGAUCAAGGGGUUGCGCUCCUCUAGAAGCACCCUCAAGGUGGAUGCAUACACUGCGUGCUUGCUGGCCAUGCUACCAAACCUCAGUUAUCUGAAGCUCGAACCCAGAUUUGCCGUUCGCAGCAAACUAUCAAGCAGGAUGUUCAGAGCUGCUCUUUCAGUCUUUCCUCGUCCACACAAGCCCAAACUUCCCCAUUUCCAGCAGCUUCGGGAUGUUGCUCAUCUGCGUCGGAUCAGUUCAAUUCCAGGUGGCAGACCCAAGGGCGCCAACUUGCUUACGCCCUUCUUCUACCUGCCAGAAGUGCACCGCGUCUCAGCCUGUAUCGAUAACACGCCGUAUUGGAGGUGGCCGGAGCACAAGCCGGCCCUUGGGACGCUUACGACACUGAAUAUCGCCUUCAUCCAUGCCAAACACCUCGGCACGAUCCUGUCUGAGACGAAAAACCUUCAGACCCUUCGGUGGGACUGGCGCGGUUGGCCAUAUACUCAUUCCACUAUCGGCCACUGGAUCAACCUAGACGAGAUAAUGGCUGCCCUCCAACACGUCCAGAAAACGCUCAUCGAACUAAAAGUCCUAGGCUCAUGCAAUUAUCUAAGCUCCUACCGCUGUUCAGUGCGUUUAACAGGAAGCUUACAGGGCAUGGUAUCCUUUAAGAAAUUAAAGACGCUUGAAAUCCCAUUGGCAUUCAUGGCUGGCCUUGCCGCCUCUGUUCCGCCGGCGCAUCUCGGCGAAAGCUUGCCGGCAACCGUCGAGCACGUUGCUCUCACCGACGACUUUUGCAAAGAGCAUGAUUGGAGAGUUCAACAGCAGCUAGAGGCUUUUACUCAUUGGAUGGACAAUGUGAAAACAGAGACGCCACGGCUCCAAAGCUUCGAGUGGGUGACGAUGAUGAGGCAGACGUUGGUGGAGUGGCUCGCCAAUACUGAGUUGGAGUCACGCUUAUUGGAUGUAUGUGGCAGGGUUGGAGUCGAAGUUGAAGUUGUUCAGCGCCCUGAGAGUUCGGGCAGGAAACGGUUGAACUGGAACUAG